CUGUAUUUCACAAGUAUUAGUGUUUGGUUGUGUUGGAGAUGACAUAACCGCUUCAGGGAAACAGUGAAGGUAUUAAUAGAAAACUAUACAGAAUAAAAAUCCAAAGGGUGCAAAUCUGUUAAGGGUAUGAAUAAGUGGGAGGUAGUGGGAUGACAUCCUACUUAAAGCUGAAGUGUCAUCGAUGCAUAUUAAAUAUACCGUCAUCUAAUGACCUGUAUCAGACUCAAGAAAAUAAAGCAGAUCUAAUGUCCUUUAGGCAAAGUAGUUUUCAGACUGCAAAGACAACACAGCAGCAACAGGUUUGCACAAAAAAAGGCGAUUAAAGAUGAAGUCACAAAUGUCAGUCUCACACUGCAGCACCUCACAACAGAAACAGCGGCGAUAAGCAGCGGUGACUCAGUGAAGAGACUCUGCCUGUUCCGAAAGCUAACCAGGGGGCCUGCAUCAAAUCUGUGCCCACAACACGAGCUUUGAAACCCACGCUUCCUUCGGCUACUCUACCAAUGGCAAACGAGCAAAAAAACAGGGGGGAGGAGACGACAAAGCAGGCAAUUGCAAAACCCUGCCAUAUCCAGUCAAAAUAAAGACUGGCUGUAAAAGUCACACAGGUGUGCUUUGAACAUAUCCUCCCAGACACACCAAAGGCAGGAGAGGAAAUCAGCGAAACAACCACAAAGUGGGUUCAGGAGCCUGUCAGCUCGUUCUGCAAAGUUUUUCCUUUAAUAAUUCUAUGACAGGAUUGCACAGUGCGCAGGUCUAAGAUCUGAUUCUCCCUAAGAGGUGUAAUUUCCUUUAGGGGGUUUCUACGACUCCAUGAUGUCUUGCCAAAUUCCAGCAUGUGGUGUCACUGGUUACAGUGGGAAAUCUAAUAAAGAACUUCACCAAAAAAAAUGUAGGACCACAGUGUCAGAACAUUUCAGAUUCUUUUCUGUCUUCAUCCCCAGUGUUUGAUUAAUCUGUCUAAAGACUUUCACUAUGCACCAUAAGGCCAUUCUGCGCCCUCUUUCCGCUCCAAUCACCAACACAUAACCCAGCAGUGUGACACAGUCCCAUUGCCCUUCUUACUCAUCAGUCUAACAAAUGCAAGCUGUUCAAAAUAUGACAGUCAUAUCACAUGACACAAAUAUAUUUGGAAAGAUAUCAUUAUAAAUAUUCACUCAUAAGGUUUAAAUUUAUGCACCUCUAUCUGUUCAGCCAAAUACUUCUGCGGUUAACUACAAAACAACAUUUUAAGCAUAACCAUUAGUCUCCUGUAUUUUGCAACAAAUGUCAAGAUAAAGAUCCCUAUCUCACCAACGUGAACCUUUUCUGUUCAACAGGAUCCAUAAUGAAGAAAAAUAAAAUCUAUUGAAACAGACAGGUUAUCUAACAGGCUGAAACAGGAAUGAUUGACAUGGGGCUUAAUUCACACGUUACGUGUACAAAACAAACAAGAAAAACAAGCGAUAAGAAGCAAACAGGUACAUUACAGAGCUUCCCCCUCUCCCCGUGUCAUGCUGGCACGUCUUUGCCAGUAACACUUAAAAACAACUUCGUAUAUACAAAUUAAAACAUUCGCCAGUCAUCAACCUAAACGUUACAAAGCUACCUAAACGUUACAAAGAUACUAAUAAAGUAAAGCUGUCUAGCUGGACAAAAUAAAACGGAAAACGGAUUAGCUGCUACCUACAUACCAGUAUCCAGGACCCUUCACACCGAUCCAUUUUGACCCAGGGUCCCAUACAGGUGGUCAUUGUAGAUGGCCACAAUGCAUCUGGGGAGGAUAACAGAGAGUGGUAAUGCCUUCUUGUGGCUCCUUACUUCAGCGCUCACAGUCCAAGUCAUCAACACCUGUGACACAACAAUUAGAAUGCAGCGGCUUGAGCGUUACACUGGAGUGGGCCAAGAUUUCACACUGACGUGCAACGCCCAGUGCCUCGACCCGAACUCGACUGUUCAGUGGUACCUUAACGACAAGCUCUUGUCAAACGACAGCAAUGUAAAACUAUUAAGAGACAAUUCAAAAACCUAUCGUCUGAAUGUGACUGCGGCACAGAUGAGGCACAACGGGACCUACCACUGCCAGACACGUCCCCCGGCCGCUACCAGCAACAACGUGUUUAUGAGGGUGGUCGAUUUGGACGUCAGUGUGUCCAACGCGUCACUGGAUGUACGCGAAGGAGAGGCGGUCAGCGUGCACUGCGCCGCCCGAUCCGCGCUCAACGCCACCCUCUUCUGGACACGCGGCAACUGCGAGCGCAGCGACACCCGUGGCGGAAACGGGACGCUGCACCUGGGCCGGGCCACCACCUCUGACAGCGGCCAUUACAACUGCUGCGCUUCAAUACCCACCGGCAUCCCCCUCUGGAGAAGCAAGAGCGUUCAAAUAAGAGUUACUGGUACCACACAGGUGAAGGCCAUCGUCUCAAACUGCCCUCUGAUCUACUACUUGUUGGGCAAAACUGCAGUCGUUCUCUUGUUCAUUAUGUUAAUUUGUUUUCUGACAUACAGAAGACACUGACUGGGAAAAUGAAUGGUGUUUCGCUUGGGAAGAGGGUUGCUGCAUCAUCAAUUAAUGCGCAGGCACGCGCGCGGCCACACACAAAUGUACAUGUACAGCUUUUUUGUUAUUAAUUGCUAACGCAUGUCAAAUUACGAAAUCACUCUAUAUGCAGUUACGACUGAGGCCUUAAUUAUCUAUUAUUGAGCCUGAAUGUCUAGACAUUUCAAAUAUUUUAGAUGGUAUAAUCACAGCCUGUCUAGUGUAAAAACAUGAUAGAUGUGUCGUAUGUGUUUACUCAUUAAAUUCAACAAUGCGCUAUGUAAAAAUGAGCCUAAUUCCGAAGCCUCAUUUGUCUUAUAAACUAUACCCGAGUGCAGUGUUUCCAACCCAGUCCUCAGGGAAUCCCGGACAGCCAUUUGAUCAACAUUUAGAUUUAAUUUGCUUGAGCCGUUGGCUUGGCGGGUUGUACUGCGGCCUCACGCUUCAGUUGCAGAGCUGUAAUCCGGCUCUGUGGCGCACCGUGUCAUUAGCCGAUGAAUUCCUUACUGAACGUUUAAUCACGGAGUCACACCGCCCUCUAGUGGGCGUAGAUCAUAGUGACCAGUGUUUAAAUGAUGGUUUCAUUGGAGCAGGGAAAGAAGUAUCAAUGGAUAAGAAAUUAUACUCUGGAUGUGAAUUUGAAGAAUUGCGUUAACAGAAAUGGCGUUGAAAUCAUUUGAAAAUAAUUUUCUUUGGUUAAGAUCUACAAACAAGCGUUCUUUAUGGGAGAUCUUCCACCACCAAUGCUUCCUGUGCCAUAGAAAAUGAAGAUGAGCCUAAAUUUAUAUAUACGUUUGACAUUUAUUGACGGACAUACAAUGAAAUAAAAAUUUCACUGUCACCCUUUCCUGACAGUAUUCAUGAAUAGACAGGCAACGUCUCUAUUUUCGGGGGGGGAAAGAGAUCAACCGCUAGAGGGAGCAAGUGCGGCACUUUUGAGCCACACGCAAGGAACUGUCCUGUACUAUGACGUAGGAAGAAAAUUCAACGUUUUUUAGAAAAUAUGUUACCCACUAUUGACAAAUACAAUAUUAUAGCAUUGUAUUGCUAUAUGUCCCACAAUAAAAUUCAUAUUUUGUAUUGUA